AUGGCACAAGAGCAGGUCAGCCCGCCCACCCUCAAUGAGCGCAAGUCGAGCGCAGACGGUGGUUUGAUGAGCAAGAGCAAGAAGCUGCUAGGCUUGGGCAAGAAAAAGCAAGUAGGGGGCGGUGGUGGCCAUGGUGGUGAUGUUGAUCAGCAACAACAACAACAACAACAACAACAACAACAACAACAACAACAACAUCAACAACAGCAGCAGCUCUCAGAACAGGCAACCGCGACCGAAACCACGUCAGACCAUUCAGCAGCACCCCUAGUACCUUCCUCAACACCCCCGGUAGUACCUUCCUCCGCCCCCUCGCUCAUGCCCUCCCCGCCCCUCAGCGCAUCCCCCACCGGCCGCCAGGCCUCACCGCGCAGCAGCCCCCGAAUGCGGCCUGUAGGAGGAGCUUCACCCAACCGCCACCGCAUCGGCCGCUCGUCGUCGCCAGGCAUGCACAGCCCGUCGUCGUCGCUCAUCUUUGAGCGCAAUGUGCAGGAACCAGAGCCCUCGGCCGACGUGCCAGCCCACAUCAAGACGGAAGACCACAUUCCCCCUGCGCUGGAUGCCUCGUCGCUCGCCAUCACCGACGACCACCUCAACCCCGACGAGGUCGAGAUUGUCAUGCACUCGGCCCACCAGCCUGCCUCUUCUGCUGUCGCCGGCGGCCUGAGCGAUUCCCUCUACUCGCCCUCCCUCGUCCCUGAAGAAUCCACCGCGGGCAGCCAUGCCGACGGCUCUGAAGCAGCAGCCGGCUAUGGAUCGCUGGACAUGACGGAUCCGCGCAGGCUCAGCUUCAUCUCGUUUGCAGACGUCGUCCAGGCCGAACAAGUCGAGCACGACAGACAGGAAAUGUUGGGCUCUGGCGACGGCCUGCCCUUCCGCAGCCUCUCCUCAACAGCCAUUCGCUCGCCAUCGCCCAUGGCCUCCGCCGUCUCCUCACUCGGGCCCAGCGCAUCACCACCCACCAGCGGCACGGCGUCUCCCAAGACGGGCGAAAUGAAUCGCACUAAAGCACCGGCCAGCCCUACGUUUACUGCGGCACAUGGCACCCAGAGUCCACCACUAGUAAGCGGGGAGUUGCCGCUCCAGAUUGAGACGAUGCGUCAAGCCUUGCGCAAGACGCAUUCCGGAGAUUUGAGCGGCGCUCGGUCUCAGCCUCUGAGUCCCGUCAGCCUGACGCAUGACGAAAGCGGCCAAGACAGAGUAGCGGUCCAAUGA